CCGCCACUCAUGCGCAUGCCUUACCCUUAUUUUGCUCACGCCCUAGCCUAACCUUAUACCUGUCUCUUAUUUUUGGACCUGGAUCAAAUCAUUAUACCUUUUCCUGAUGUGCUUCCAUUUCUUUAGCAUGAUUGUUUGGUUUAAUUCCAAAGACGUUUGUUUGAUCUUGUAAUUUACAGGUUUGAUUCGUGACCCCCUUUAAAGCGGAACAAAGCAGAGUGCGCGCCCCCUUCAUGGCGACGGCUUCAGCAUCAUUCAAAUCACGAGAAGACCAUAGGAAGCAACUUGAAUUGGAGGAAGCACGUAAGGCUGGGCUUGCUCCAGCUGAGGUUGAUGAAGAUGGAAAGGAGAUCAAUCCACAUAUUCCUCAAUAUAUGUCAUCAGCUCCUUGGUAUCUUAAUGCUGAGAGGCCUAGCUUGAAGCAUCAGAGGAAAUGGAAGUCAGAUCCAAAUUACUCCAAAUCAUGGUAUGAUAGAGGUGCAAAAAUUUAUCAGGCUGAUCGAUACAGAAAAGGUGCAUGUGAAAAUUGUGGGGCAAUGACACACGACAAAAAGUCCUGCAUGGACAGGCCUAGAAAACUGGGAGCCAAGUGGACAAACAUGCAUAUAGCUCCCGACGAGAAGAUUGAGUUAUUUGAACUUGAUUAUGAUGGAAAACGUGACCGUUGGAAUGGUUAUGAUGCUUCCACUUAUUCUCGUGUAAUUGAGCAGUAUGAGGCUAGAGAUGAAGCCAGGCGGAAGUAUUUGAAAGAGGAACAGUUGAAGAAACUAGAGGAGAAGAACAACAAAAAGGAUGAUGAGGAUGGUGGUAGCGAUAACGACGACGACGAUGAUUAUCUGAAAGUUGACGAGGCUAAGGUUGACGAGAGCAAACAGAUGGACUUUGCAAAGGUGGAGAAACGUGUGCGUACCACUGGGGGUGGAAGCACUGGAACUGUCAGGAACUUGCGUAUUAGAGAGGAUACUGCAAAGUACCUUUUGAACCUAGAUGUGAAUUCGGCCUAUUAUGACCCGAAAACCCGUUCUAUGCGUGAAGAUCCUAUACCUGACAGUGAUCCAAAUGAGAAGUUCUAUGAAGGUGAUAACCAAAACAGACUUAGCGGACAAGCACUGGAGUUUAAACAGCUUAACAUCCAUGCCUGGGAAGCUUUUGAGAAGGGACAGGAUAUCCACAUGCAAGCUGCCCCUUCUCAAGCAGAACUACUCUUUAAGAAUUAUAAGGUUAUCAAGGACAAGUUGAAAAACAACACAAAGGAUACCAUCAUGGAGAAAUAUGGAAAUGCAGCAUCUGAAGAAGCAUUACCUAGAGAACUUCUUCUUGGACAAAGUGAGAGAGAGGUUGAGUAUGAUCGUGCUGGUCGAAUAAUAAGAGGCCAGGAGACCUCCCUUCCCAGAAGCAAAUAUGAAGAAGAUGUCUAUAUCAAUAACCACACCACAGUUUGGGGAUCAUGGUGGAGGGAUCACCAUUGGGGCUACAAAUGCUGUAAACAAACCAUCCGCAAUAGCUACUGCACAGGCUCAGCAGGAAUUGAAGCUGCUGAAGCUGCAACAGAGCUUUUGAAGGCAAAUAUGGCUCGUAAAGAAGCUGCAGAAGAUAAGCCUGUACAGCAUGAAGAAAAGCAGCUUGCCGCUUGGGGAACUGAGGUCCCUGAUGAUCUUGUUCUAGAUAAAAAGUUGCUGGUAGAAGCACUGAAGAAGGAGGAUGAACGAAAGAAGGAAGAAAGGGAUGAAAGAAAGAGAAAAUACAAUGUCAAAUGGGAUGAUGAGGUUACCGUGGAAGAUAUGGAGGCCUAUCGAAUGAAGAAGAUCCAUCAUGAUGACCCAAUGAAAGAUUUCCUCCACUAAUUAUAAUAUUAUUAUUAUCCUAUAGGGUCCUCCUGUGUGUAUAUAUACCGAGAUUGUUGCACUAGUUGCGAUUGGGUUGACUAGGAGUCCCCUGACAUUACUUGUAUGGCUGGAUGUUUUACCAACCGUUGAAAUGACAGAUAUAUUUCAUCUC